AUGGAUUUAACAAAACAUCGUCAAAUACUAAAUGAAGAACUACAUCUUAUUAUUAAUGAUUAUGAUGAAUUUAAACAAAGAUUUAGUGAACAAAAGCCCAGUCCACAUGAUCUUUCUUUAAUAGAUCAAAUUAAUCAAUGGGAAUUAGAUUCAAUUGAAAUAAUUAAACAACGAGCAAAAAAUUGUAGAGAAAUUGCCACUGAAUCAUUACAAACAUGCAUUAAUGAUAUUGAAAUGAAAUUUAAUGACUUAAAUGAACAACUAAAACAAUUUCAUAGUGAAAAUGAAUUUAAUGAGAUUAAUUUGAAUUAUUUAAGAAAUGAAUUUAAAAAAAUUAGAGAAGAAUUAAAUAAUCCAUCAAAUAUUUCUAUUCAACAAGAUUCUCAAUCAUUUAUCAAUGAAAUUUCAAUUAUUUCAUUGGAAAAAAGACCAAAAUUCAGUAAAGGGAGACAAAAUGCCAUCACUGUGGCUGGUGGAAAUAAACAAGGAAAACAGUUAAAUCAACUAAAACACCCUCAUGGAAUCUUUAUUGAUAAAAACAAAAAUAUUUUCAUUGCUGAUUAUUAUAAUCAUCGUAUUGUUGAAUGGAAAUAUAAUGCAAAAGAAGGACAAAUCAUUGCAGGCGCAAAUAGCAGCGGAAAUCAAAUAAACCAAUUGAAUCGACCAAUAGAUGUGAUUGUUGAUCAACAAAAUCAUUCGAUCAUCAUUGCUGAUAAAGGGAACAGACGAGUGAUUCAAUGGUUGAAUCAAAAGCAACAAAUUCUUAUCGACAAUGUUUACUGUAAUGGCUUGUCAAUGGAUAAAUAUCGAUUUCUUUAUGUUUCAGAUUCGAAGAAGCAUGAAGUGAGACGAUGGAAAAUGGGUGAAUACAACAACGAAGGAACUGUAGUGGCAGGUGGAAAUGGAAAAGGGAAUCAGCUCAAUCAAUUCAAUUAUCCUACUUUUAUCUUUGUUGAUGAAGAUCAAUCUGUUUAUGUAUCAGAUAGGCACAAUCAUCGUGUGAUGAAAUGGAGCAAAGGUGCCAUACGAGGAAGAAUUGUGGCUGGAGGAAAUGGUGUUGGAAAAAAUCUCAAUCAAUUGUCUUCACCUGAAGGAGUCAUCCGUGAAGGAAAAGAAGAAGGUGGAAUUGUUGUUGGUGAAAAUGGUGAAGGAAGUCAAUCAAAUCGACUGAAUGGUGCCCGUGGUAUAUCUUUUGAUGGUGAAGGAAAUCUUUAUGUUGUUGGUUUGGCAAAUCAUCGAAUUAGAAAAUUUAAAAUAGUUUUGUGA